AUGGACAUGACUAUGGUUACAUUGUUAAGAAAAAUAAAUACAGGUCAUAGAAAAUUGUUUAUGACCCGUGGAUCGAAUUCAUCCUUGAUUCCACUACUUGAAAGCCCAGAAUCAUCGUUUCACAAGAAUAAGGACAAGAGCGAAGAAGAUACUCCGAGGAAGUUGCCUUUUAAGAGUCUUAAAUCGGUUUUUGGCAAGAAGAAGGGAAAGAAAGUGGGAGAAUCGAGCAACACGAAAGAAGACACCGAGUACGAGACCGAGAAGGAGGAAAGUGUUACCGAUUUUGAAGAGAGUGAUCACGAAAAGGAAUCCGACAACAUCAUGGAGAUUCCUUUCACCGAAAAGGAUUAUGAAGAUGCAUACAAGCAUCUUCAUGAAGUUAAUGACAUCGCCGACUACUUCAACAUUACAAACGUACCCAGAGAGACGGUGUUAUUAAGGAUGCUCCAUGUUGCUUUUAAAGGGGAUGCAAAGGAUUGGCUAAAAGCACUACCACUGGAAGAGAUUACUACAUGGGCCAUUGCCAAUUUUGAACAAGUGGGAGAGUCUUUAUUCGAAGCAUGGGAUCGCUACAAAGGUCUACUCAGGAAUUGCCCACAAAAUGACCUCAAUGUGCAACAAGAAGUGUCAACCUUCUAUGAUGGAGUAAAUGUCACUACUAGACAACUAGUUGACUCUCAAGUCCCAUUAACGAAGAAAAAUACAGCUGAAGUUAAAAGACUCAUUGAAGAAUUCUCUAAGAACUCUAGAGAAUAUCAUAAUCCGAGACAUGAAUCGACUCGAGGGUUGGUGAACUCUGUGAAUGAUAGCAUGGCAGUUGUAAUGGCCAAAUUGGCGACUAUGGAGCGAAGGAUGACUAAGAUGGACCAAUCCAUCCAUGCCAUUAGAGUGGGGUGUGAAAAUUGUAGCAGGCCUCACCUUACAAAGGAUUGCGAUCUUGAUGAAAAUGGGAACCGGAAAGCGCAAGUAUGUUACCCGAGUGGCGAUAAAUAUGAUGAAGAUUGGCGAAAACCAAGGAAAGAAUGGCUACCUUAUGAUGAGUACAAAAAGGCUAAGGAGGAGAAGUAUAAAAUGAAGACAAGAGGUUUCUUCCAAAAAGAGGAACCGGUGCAAGAGAAGAAGCUAGACUUUGAAGAUAUGAUCACAAGACUUGCAGCUGCGUCCGAGAAAAGACAUAACGAAACCGAUGAUGCAAUAAGAGAACAACAACUCAUGAUGAAAGAGCAACAAGAGUUAAUAAGAAACCAGCAAGCCUCCAUUCUUAAUAUUGAGAAACAAUUAAGCCAACUUGCACAACAAGUCUACCAAAGAGCGACGAGUGAACUUCCAAGUAAUCCCGAAAAGAACCCGAGAAUAGCACAUGUGAAUGUGAUAACAACAAGCUCUGAAAAUUAUUUUCCUACUUUGAAGCCAAUCCAUGAACAGGAAGCCAAAGUGGAGCUUGAAAAUGAAGAAAUCUUAGAUCUUCUAAGGGCAUUUCAAGUGAACAACCCAUGUGUUGAAACACUCCUUCACUCGCCAAAGUAUGCAUCCUUGCUUAAAGAGCUCCUCACAAAUAGAAAGAACAUGGAAGAAGGAUUAGAAAUAGUGUUGGAUGAACUACCAGAAAAGAUGGGUGAUACGGGAAGCAUCACUAUACCUUGCCAAUUUGGGAAUUUGGUUACUACUCACGCAUUAGCUGAUUCGGGGGCUAGUAUAAAUAUUAUGCCCUACCCUUUCUUCAAAAAAUUAAACCUUCCAGAACUUAAACCUAUCCACAUGACCAUAACAUUUAGCUGA